GGAGGGACGAACAUCCCGCGUAGCCGAUCUCUUGUUCAUAUAUUAUUUUGGUAAAAAUGUUCUAAAUUAUAAACAAUAUCCCUCACCAAUACUUCUAGAAAAAAGUUAAAAAAAUAUUGGAGUAAUCCACUAUAGUAUAAUUUUACAAUGAUUUUGUGACUUUAUCGGUGACAGAUUACAAUAGAUUUUCUAUUGUGUUUAUAAUUUUAAGAGGAUAUUGCUAUAUCUACCACUAUUUCAUGAAAGAUCGUAUUUUUAAUUUGUUACUUAAUACAAAUUUCUUUUCUUUUGCGUAAUAUCUAACUCGUUGGUCACUUUGGGUGAAUUUGAGACAUUUUUUUGUAAUUUAAUCAAACCUUUAGGUAAGAAAGACUAAAGUCGAAAUUAUCACGAAGAGAAAAAAAGAAAAAGAAAAACUGAGAAAGCCCAAAUUCAUAGAUUUGGCCUCACUGGGUGCCCGGUGGAAUAACCCGAGUUCGGAUUUGGACUCAGUUCGGUCAACCCAAUGUCAUAAGCGGGUCGCUCAUUUCCCAUUUCGGAAUAGCCAUUAACGCUACCUUACCCUCUGCUUUUCGUUUUUGUGGCUUCCUUAUCGUCUACUCUUUUCCUUCAAAAACCUUCAAUUCCCCAUUUCAGGUUCUUUCUCUUCCAACCCUCCAUCUCUUCGUCUCUUACCAUGCCUUUUCUAUUUCCACAACUUUGCCUUUCAACCCUCUUGAUUUCGUUUUGAUCCUCAUCUCUCUCUCUCUCUCUCUAUUUCUCUCUUUCUGCUGUCGGACUACAAGGGGGCAUGAAUUCCUAUUCAAAGGUGCAUUGAUUAAAUGAUUUGUUCGUUAAGGUCUAGAAGAUGGCCUUAAUUACCCAUCAUCCUCAGGGUUCUUAUGCAGAAUUUUCAUCAAGAUUGUCAUUCUGGAAUGGCUCUUUGAAUCUAAAACAGCGUGUAACAUCUGUUCGCACUGUUGGGAGAACUGAACACCAUACACCAUUGAGGAGCAAUAUUUGUUUUAGCAUAGGGACUCCUCGAUUAUGUGGCCCAAGACCUAAUCUCCUGAGAGUUUCGGCCUUCAAAAGCGCCGCUCGUAUAGAUGAUGAGACAGGUGGGGUAGCAAAUGGAUCCAAGAUUACCAGCUACCCUGUAAAGCUUAAGGAUGGUGAUUAUUGUACAGAAACUCCAAAGGGAAACAAUGUUCCAGUUUGCUAUGCCUCGGGAGCAAAUGAAGAUAUUGCUCCAUCUCCUGCUAUUCAAAAUUUGUUCAAGAAAUGGUUGGAAUUGUUGCGCAGACAACCUGUAAGUCAAGAUGUCGAUGGGAUUCUGGAGGAACUACCCUCGGCAGAGAUGUCAGAUACUCAGCAAGAGUCCAAUAAAAAGGAAAGCAACAAGAUUCUUCGAGGGGUUUGGUUCCACUUUCUGGGACUUAAUGCAGCAGUGAAGAUACCUUUGCUAAUAUUUGUUCCCCUGUACCUGGUGGUCAAUGUGUCUUACGGGGCUGAAGUUUCAAGAGAGUUGACUCCUCUUUGGAUUUUGGGGCCCUUACUGACUGCUUUAUACGUCAAACUGUUUCAAUGGAUUUGUGCGCUCUAUGUCUUCAGCUUUAAGCAGACGGCUAAACUAAUAAUGGACUCCCCCUCUUACUACUGGACAGUGCAUCACUAUAUCAUACAAGGGAAACUUAAAGAACAGUUCGUAGCUCGUUUUGUGCAACCUAUAAUCAACAUUAAGAAUCUAGACUACAAAGAACUAUCAAAAAGAAAGCUGAUAGAGUUAAGAGAGCGCGCUAUGGAGAAGUACCUUGACUAUGUGGAAUCAAUUUGGCCAUACUACUGCAGAGCAAUCAGGUUCUUAAAGAGAGCUAAUCUGCUUUAGACUACUGUUUGUAUUUUGAGGCAAAUCUUGACCAAGAACAAAGGCUAGAUCCUGUUUCUUUCUCCCGUUAUCUAAGAUGCAUGAUUCGUCGUUAAAGCAGGGCUGCCCGACCACUUUUAAUGUGGGAUUCUUGGUGUUUAAUGAGUUGAUGAAGGAUCAGAACAACUUGAGUUUUCCGAUUUUUGUUAAUGUUGUGAUGAGGAUGUAAUUUUCGUAACCCUUCGUGUCCUUUUAAUUGGAAGAGGUCCCACAUUCAUUUGCAUUUUUCUUGUUAUCAUGAUGUAUGUGUAAGCAUUAUCAACUUGAAUGUUAGCAAUCAGUUAUUUGAUAUAUUGUUUUGCUUAA